GAAGUGAAUGGGGCGCAUCCGGUGUUGCGGCGCCGCCGGGGCCGGAGCUGGGGUUCGUUAGCGGGGCCGGGGGUCCCGGGUCCGGAAUUCCUGAGGAGGUUUGGGGUUCCGGGUCAGGAGUUCCUGAGGGGGUUUGGGGUCCCUGAGCGGGCCGGAGCAUCGCGGCGUUGCCACUAUGUCGAUGUCGCACCUGUACGGCACGGACGGAGACGAUGGCGUGGAGAUGGAGAGCUUCGAGGUGUCGGACUGGGACCUGCAGAACGAAUUCAACCCGCACCGGCAGCGACACCGCCAGACCAAGGAGGAGGCGACCUACGGCGUGUGGGCCGAGCGCGACUCGGACGAGGAGCGGCCCAGCUUCGGAGGGAAGCGCUCCAGGGAUUACUCGGCCCCCGUGAGCUUUGUGAGCGCUGGGCUGAGGAAGGCGGCGGCCGAGGAGCUCUCGGAUGAGGACUCGGAUGAUGAUGAGAAGCCUGUGAAGCAGGAGGAGAUUCCCAAGGAGUUUGUGCCCAAGAAGUUAAAGACAGGUGGAAAUUUCAAGCCCAGCCAGAAAGGCUUUGUAGGGGGCUCCAAGUCCUUUGUGGAUUUUGGCAGCUGGGAGAGACACACUAAAGGCAUUGGGCAGAAGCUUCUCCAGAAGAUGGGAUAUGUCCCUGGAAGGGGUCUGGGGAAGAAUGCUCAAGGAAUCAUCAACCCCAUCGAGGCCAAGCAGAGGAAAGGCAAAGGUGCUGUGGGCGCUUAUGGCUCCGAGAGGACCACGCAGUCCUUGCAGGACUUCCCUGUGGUGGACUCAGAAGAGGAAGCUGAGGAGGAGUUUCAGAAGGAGCUCAGCCAGUGGCGGAAGGACCCGAAUGGAGGCAAGAAAAAGCCCAAGUACAGCUACAAGACAGUGGAAGAGCUGAAAGCCAAGGGCAGGAUCAGCAAGCAGCUUGCAGCCCCUCAGAAGGAGCUGUCCCAGGUCAAGGUGAUCGACAUGACGGGCCGGGAGCAGAAGGUUUAUUACAGCUACAGCCAGAUCAGCCACAAGCACAACAUCCCUGAUGACAGCCCCCAGCAGCCCCUGGGCAAGGACUCCAAACCCCAGGGCUUUGCCCUGCCCGAGCUGGAGCACAACCUGCAGCUGCUCAUCGACAUCACAGAGCAGGAGAUCAUCCAGAGCGACCGGCAGCUGCAGUACGAGAGGGACAUGGUGGUCAACCUCAGCCACGAGAUCCAGAAGAUGGCUGAGGUGCUGUCCCACGAGGAGAAGGCCAUCAGCAACCUCAGCAAGGUUCUGGAUAUGGUGGAGGAGUGUGAGAGGCGGAUGCAGCCGGGCUGUGAGAACCCUCUGACCCUGGACGAGUGUGCAAAGAUCUUUGAGACCCUGCAGGACAAGUACUAUGAGGAGUACAGGAUGUCAGACAGGGUGGACCUGGCAGUGGCCAUAGUUUAUCCUCUCAUGAAGGAAUACUUCAAGAACUGGGAUCCCCUCAAGGACUGUACAUAUGGCACAGAGAUCAUAGCCAAGUGGAAGAGCCUUCUGGAAAACGAUCAGCUGUUAUCCCACAGUGGGCAGGACCUGUCAACAGAUGCUUUCCACAGACUGAUGUGGGAGAUCUGGAUGCCAUAUGUCAGGAACAUCGUGGCGCGGUGGCAGCCGAGGAACUGCGGAUCCAUGGUGGAUUUCUUGGAUAGUUGGGUGAACGUUGUCCCUGUGUGGAUACUGGAUAACAUUCUGGAUCAGCUCAUCUUCCCCAAGCUGCAGAAAGAGGUGGAGAGCUGGAACCCUCUGACGGACACGGUGCCAAUCCACUCGUGGAUCCACCCCUGGCUGCCGCUGAUGCAGGCGCGCCUGGAGCCGCUCUACUCGCCCAUCCGCAACAAGCUGGCCAACGCCCUGCAGAAGUGGCACCCCAGCGACUCCUCUGCCAAGCUCAUCCUCCAGCCCUGGAAGGAUGUGUUCACUCCUGGCUCCUGGGAGGCUUUCAUGGUCAAGAACAUCGUGCCUAAACUUGGAAUGUGUCUGAAUGAGCUCAUCAUCAACCCUCACCAGCAGCACAUGGAUGCUUUUUACUGGGUGAUCGACUGGGAGGGGAUGAUUUCUGUGUCCAGCCUCGUUGGGCUGCUGGAGAAACAUUUCUUCCCAAAAUGGCUGCAGGUGCUCUGCUCUUGGCUCAGUAACAGCCCCAACUACGAAGAGAUCACCAAGUGGUACCUGGGCUGGAAGUCCAUGUUCUCAGACCAGGUGCUGGCACAUCCCUCCAUCAAAGACAAGUUCAACGAAGCCCUUGACAUCAUGAACAGGGCUGUGUCCUCCAGCGUGGGUGGGUACAUGCAGCCAGGUGCCCGGGAGAACAUUGCGUACCUGACGCACACGGAGCGGCGCAAGGACUUCCAGUACGAGGCCAUGCAGGAGCGGCGCGAGGCCGAGAACAUGGCCCAGCGCGGCAUCGGCGCCGCCGCCGGCUCCGUGCCCAUGAACUUCAAGGACCUCAUCCAGACCAAGGCCGAGGAGCACAACAUCGUCUUCAUGCCCGUCAUCGGCAAGAGGCAUGAGGGCAAGCAGCUCUACACCUUCGGCAGGAUCGUCAUCUACAUCGACAGGGGCGUGGUGUUCGUGCAAGGGGAGAAGACCUGGGUGCCCACCUCACUGCAGAGCCUCAUUGACAUGGCCAAGUGAGGCAUCUGUGCAAGGAGAGAGCAUCUGGGUGCCCACCUCGCUGCAGAGUCUCAGACAUGGCUAAGUGAGGCCUCUGCAAAAGGAGAUCUGGGUGCCCACCUCGCUGCAGAGCCUCACUGACAUGGCCAAGUGAAGCCUUUGUGCAAAACUGGGUGCUCACCUCACUGCAGAGCCUCACUGACAUGGCCAAAUGAGGUCUCUGUGCAAGGAGAGACCACCCUGGGUGCCCAUCUCGCUGCAGAGCCUCAGACAUGGCCAAGUUAGGCCCUGCUGGGGAUUGAGUCACCAACCAGGAACAACUCCUGGGUGACCCUUAGAAUAAAGUUCCAGGUUUGUAAAUAGUGACACUGGA